GGUUGUACAUUCUCAACGUGUUGUCGUUCUUGACGCCGUGCAUACUGUACUACGCGUUUCUACGCAAUAGUACUAUGUCCAUGCUCACAGUUGGAAUCCUCUCGCUGCUACUCUUCAUACUCUACGUCAUUCACAUCAUCAGAGUCUACAGUUUCGUCACGGGGUGUCACCAGUUCAUACAAGACUGCAACGUCGACGGUUCCAGAGUGGUCAAUGCCGUUGCCGCACCUCGAUACGCAUGUGCUGAUUACAACGUGCAAGAUUACUUGAACUUCACCUACUGGGCGAGCACGAGUACAGCCACGUACUGGAGUUACGGUGUUCUCUUCGGUCUUGUCGUCAUAUUGUCUUUGAUGGCCUCCGUGAUCGCUCUAGUGUACACUGUAAGGCUCCGUAGUGGGAUCUUGGUCACUAGGGAAGCACCAGUGACUUAUGCUUAUACGAUCAAUACCAAUGGUGUGACGAUGGCCAGAGGAACCCAGCCCGACGCAGAUAAUGUUGCUGUUGGUAUCCCAGUUGACAAACCAUAAGCACCUCGUCUGUGUAUCGAUUGAGCUUAUGCUCUGAAGAAUACAGAAAGAGUUGGGAGUAAAUAUUAAACAUUUCUGUUAUCACUAUCAUCACCAGUCAAUUAUCACUUCUAUUUUUUUCUGA